AUUCGUUUUCGUGAAUGGGAAUGGCUGGUUCGUAUUAGUCCGAAGAAGAAGAAGAGCGGGUUGUUUACGCGGGCCGUGGAAACCGGCAAUUUCACAAUCAAAAAGAUAUUUUAACAUUUUCCAGUUUAAAAUUGCAUGAUUUGAUUGAUGUCCUAGUAUUCCUAUUGCACCAAAGCAAUGGCUGCCAAGGAGUCGGCAAUCGAAGGGGUGUACUCCGUGCGCUUGGUCAUCGCGGACUUCUACAUGGAAAAACCACAGUUCGGCCUGGAUCCCUGCUACUCGGAGCUGCGAGGAAAGGAAAUCAAAAGAGUCCCUGUGGUGCGUGUCUUUGGAGCUAAUUCGAGUGGUCAGAAGACCUGUAUGCAUGUCCAUGGAGUAUUCCCAUACUUUUACAUUCCCUACGAUAAGAAGGACUUUGAGUCACUGGAACGGGGCAUCCUGCAGAUGGCUAUUCACUUGGAUAAGGCCAUCAACAUAUCGCUGGGUCAGGGCAGCUCCAAUGCCCAGCAUGUCUUCAAAAUACAAUUGGUGAAGGGCAUACCUUUUUAUGGCUACCACCGCGUGGAGCAUCAGUUUCUCAAGAUUUACAUGUUCAACCCACGGUUUGUGCGACGAGCCGCCAACCUUUUACAAAGCGGGGCCAUUCUCAGCAAGAAUUUCAGCCCCCACGAGUCCCACGUUCCGUAUAUCCUGCAGUUUAUGAUUGACUAUAACCUGUACGGGAUGAGCUACUUGCAUGUUCCCAUGGAGGUUCUCAAGUUUCGCCGAAGUAACGAAGAUGAUGUGGUUCCCUAUGCCAAUGUAAAGCCCGCGCAACUGCUGGACGUCAGGAAUGCGAAGAAAAUGGCCUGCAGUGCGCUGGAGGUUGAUGUUAGCUCCAACUUCAUAUUGAAUCGCUUCCAAUUGGUCACCAAAGCCAAGGGCAAUCACACGAAUCCGGGCAUCGAGGCCAUUUGGAACGAUGAGAAAAUGCGCCGUCAGAAACUGGUCCAAAAGCACACAGAAGCUGGCGAUGAAGACAAGGUCCUGGCGGUUCCUGUUCUGCAAUUGCCACCAACACAGGAGCGCACCCAAGUGGAAAUCGCCGAGAGCGACGUCUUCUAUCGCACCGCGUUGGAGAGCAAGCUUAUGACCAUGGAUCAGUCCACCAUGUCUGAGCAAACUCUUUCGGAUCAGACACAUAUCGGCAAUGUUACAGCGCAGACCACUUUACCCAGCACCAAAGAACACCGUCGCACAUUUAACUUACAGAAACUAUUAGCCAAUGCUGUCUACCCUGAGGAGUGCUCUCAGGACCAGCAGCAACAGCUAGUGAAUGCGUCCUUUAUACAAAACCAUGUGGCCUGCAGCAACAAUAGUAACAUCAGUAUUUUAACCACUCCCACUGCCGAACGGGAUGAGUCUGAAGACAUGGACGAAACCUUGGUAGAUGAGGAGCUUAUUCUGAGUCUCACCCAGCCAUCUGGAGCCAUGCCCCACGAUGCCACCUUGAGAGACGAGGAUCUUGAACUGCUAGAUGUCCUGCAGCAGCUGGAGGAACAGAAUGACAAUGAACAGCAUAUUGAUUUGGACAGUUCAUUGGCGCCUUUGUCGCAACCACAUAAGAAUUUUACUCCAGAGCUGUUGGACAAAGAGAUGGCAGCUACUGCUAUUGGAGCCCAAGAAUCUUCCGACGAGGAUUGUGAUUCUGAUGAUGCGAAUCAGGGAACGGGGCACGACUUUUCCAUCGCCCUGGAUGAUAUUGAUGAACUGCUGCUUAAGUUUACCCAAAGUCAGCCAGUGUCAAAAGUGUUGGAUCCAGUGGAAAAACUACCUCAAAUCGAUGGGGCAGAUGACCAACUUCAGCGUACGCCAAAAAAAAAGAGUACUUUGAAGUCGAAGGCGAGUCCUCCAAAAACACCCACCACACCCAAAGGCCAGCCGAGUCUCCUGAGGUCACCCCGCACUCCAAAAUCUAGUGCGGCCAAAAAAUAUGCACCAUUGCCUUUAUUUAUUGGGAGCAGUUCAGCAAAGAAAAGCAAUGCGGAAACUCCAGGAAAGAUAAUAAAUCCUCGUCUUAGCUUGAAACUCGAUCAAGGAUCAGGAACUUCUGGGCCUGAGAUUUCAUUACGCAAAAAAAUAACCAUGUCCGAAUUGCGAAGGAAAAGUGUUGAGGAAGGAAAUAGUUUCGUACGCCUUCAGAAUGAAUGUACGCCUCGUCGGAGUUCGAGACGAUCAACCCGGAACUUGGACAAGACCCACGUUAUUUGUGCUUUGACACCGCGAGAUAAGAACCCAACUUUUUCCGAUAUGUUUGAGACAGCGGAUGGUCAAGAAAUUUCCCCUGAAGCGGAGGAAGUCGAAAAAAGGCCCCGACGUAGCACUCGACAUCAAAAGCGGGAAGGCCUAGAAGGCAAAACAGAAAAGGAGUCGAAAGCGAGUAUGCCGAAGCCCAGGAAAUCCGAAAUAAAUAUAGAUGGGAAUGUCAAAGUACGACGCAGUACCCGUGGUCAGGAGAUUAAAACAGACGCCUUAACUAAUUCUUACGCUUUACCAAAUGAUGAACAAAGUUUAUCAAAAAGUUUGGAAAAAAAAAGACUUAUAUCGGGAACUGAAAGUUCCAAACAGGAGACUGUUAAAAAAAUGAUAGCUAAAAAAGAUAAACCUAAAAUUGUACCUGAAAAAUCAAAAGAUACUUCGAUACGAGCAUUAGAAAUUGAAAAUGAUCCAAUUUUUAAACUUAUCUCAAGUCCAGAAUCUCCUCUCUUGGAAAAGGAUAGUGUAGAAACUGUAAAGAGUAUCAUUUUUGAAAAGCAGCCUGGGGAUUUGGCAAAUCCCAUUGAAGAUUUCCAACCACCAAUGAGCGACGAUGAGAUCAUUGAAUCCGACACAGAAAACGACUCGAUGGUAGCCAAGCUCCGCAAGACUCCCAACUUGAAACGUUUGCGUAGAAGCUUUCGAACCGAAGUCCUAACAAAAACGCUAACUCCUAAAACCAAAGUAGUUUCAUUGGAAGUUCAGACCCCUCCACAGAUGAGUCCACAAAGCAACGAAAGCCACACGCCCGAGUUAAUGAGAAGCUUCUACGAACACUCUCUGAUUGUGAACAGUCCCUCGGUUUUCAGUGACAUGGUAGAUAGUCCUCUAAUGCUUGAAGAUUCCCCCUCACCUGCUCCUCCUAAUGAUGAUUCUUUUGUAAUCGCUCCUUUGGAGUUGCCGCCUUCUUACGACGAAGUCCUACGGGGCUGCCAAAAACUGGACAUACCGGAGUACGAGUUCCAGCAGCCAUUCUAUAGCAAUCCUUCCGAUAUAAGCAAGGUGACGGAAGUGGGAUUUUUGGUGCUCCACAUACCUGGAAACAAGCUCAACGACUGCGAGCCCUUUCAGAGUGUCAUGGGCAACGAUCGGGGACUGGCAGCGUGGAGGCGCCAGCAACUCAUUGCCAUCGGAGGUCCUGCCAUGUUGCAGCGUCAUCGAGGCGAGCAGAAAAUGCGGGAAUACUUUACAAGUGGCCACCGAGUUGCCAUUGAACCGGCUAAGAGUGCUCCAACUCGCCAGGAGGCCAAGUUGUGGCUAAAGGCCAGGGAGCUGCUGCGACAGCGUGAUGAGCCACCGAAAGGGGACGACAUAGAUAGUCCCAUCAAGAUCAAGCGUCAGAAAAUCACAAUGAUGCUGCAAGCGGAUGGAGGAGAUGCAGGGAGUGGCGAUGAGGAAGGUGGGGACGAUUUAAGCUGCAGCCUGAGUCUGACUCCUCUGACCCAAGGCGCAAGCAAGCCCAAGGCAACCCCUAGAACAGCCAGGAGUCGAUUAAAAAAAGGAACAAAGCUGGACUUCACGGGGUCCCAGGAGAAUGAACUUCUCAGUUCGCAGUCCAGUGAGCGGAGCGUCUCCAGCAGUGCUGCCCAAGCGGAACUCGAGCGCAGCUCCUUUCUACGCCAACUGGAGGGCAAUAGCCAGCCGCAACCGCAGGACAUAAGCUUUGGUCUCAGUCACGCUACCCUGGACAACACCUUUGGUUUCAAAGUGAAUCUGGAGAACCUACAGGAGGCCAAAGCGGACGUGGAGUGUAACCACCUAACCAUAAUGACUCUGGAGGUGUUUGUGUGUACUAGGGGGGAUCUCCAGCCAGACCCGAUGUUUGACGAGAUCCGCUGCCUUUUCUACGCCAUCGAACACAGCUUGGAUGACGAUCUGCCGAACAAAACGUGCGGGUAUAUAAUGGUGAACGAUGCCCAAGAUUUUAUUAAGGAAGGGUUUGUCCACGGCUUAGAUAAGGACAUAGAGGUCCAGGUGGUUGCGAACGAGGCGGAGGCUUUCGAAGCUCUGCUGGCGCUUUGCGGACGCUGGGAUGCUGAUAUCUAUGCCGGCUACGAGAUCGAGAUGUCCUCCUGGGGCUAUGUGAUCGACAGGGCUAAGCAGAUGUGCUUCAACAUUGCUCCCUUGCUGUCGCGUGUGCCCACGCAGAAGGUGCGUGACUUUGUUGAUGAGGAUAGGGAGCAGUUCACCGACCUGGACGUGGAGAUGAAACUAUGCGGACGCAUCCUGCUGGAUGUAUGGCGGCUGAUGCGCUCGGAGAUAGCUCUCACAUCGUAUACCUUUGAGAACGUGAUGUACCACAUCUUGCACAGACGCUGUCCUUGGCAUUCUUCUAAGACGUUGAGCGAGUGGUUCUCCUCGCCAUGUACUCGCUGGAUAGUAAUGGAGUAUUACCUGGAACGGGUACGAGGUACACUAGCCUUGCUGGAUCAGCUAGACCUUCUGGGUCGCACGAGUGAGAUGGCUAAACUUAUUGGCAUCCAGUUCUACGAAGUUCUUUCGCGCGGAUCGCAGUUCCGAGUAGAGAGUAUGAUGCUGCGGAUUGCCAAACCAAAGAACCUGGUGCCCCUCUCACCAAGCGUCCAGCAACGCGCCCACAUGCGGGCUCCGGAAUACCUAGCUCUUAUAAUGGAGCCACAGUCUCGCUUCUAUGCCGACCCGCUGAUCGUGCUCGACUUUCAGAGUUUGUAUCCCAGCAUGAUCAUUGGAUACAACUACUGUUUCUCCACCUGCUUGGGCAGGGUGGAACAUCUGGGCGGGAGCUCACCAUUCGAAUUCGGAGCAUCGCAGUUGCGCGUUUCCCGCCAAAUGUUGCAGAAACUCCUGGAACACGACCUCGUCACUGUUUCACCCUGUGGCGUCGUCUUUGUGAAGCGAGAAGUUCGCGAGGGUAUUCUACCCCGAAUGCUUACCGAGAUCCUUGACACCCGUCAAAUGGUGAAGCAAUCAAUGAAGCUCCACAAGGAUAGCUCAGCCCUACAGCGCAUCCUGCACUCCCGGCAGCUGGGUUUGAAGCUGAUGGCCAAUGUCACCUAUGGUUACACAGCUGCCAACUUUAGUGGCAGAAUGCCCGCGGUCGAAGUGGGCGACUCAGUGGUGUCCAAAGGGCGAGAGACUCUGGAGCGAGCCAUUAAGAUGGUGGAGUCAAAUGAGGAGUGGAAAGUGCGCGUCGUCUAUGGCGAUACAGAUUCUAUGUUCGUUCUAGUCCCUGGUCGCAAUCGAGCGGAGGCUUUCCGGAUUGGUGAGGAGAUUGCCCAAGCCGUCACGGACAUGAACCCACAGCCAGUGAAGCUGAAGCUGGAGAAGGUCUACCAGCCUUGUCUAUUGCAGACAAAGAAGCGCUAUGUGGGGUACAUGUACGAGACGCCUGACCAGGCACAACCCGUCUACGAAGCCAAGGGAAUAGAGACCGUGCGCAGAGAUGGCUGCCCAGCUGUGGCCAAGAUGCUGGAGAAGGUGCUGCGACUGUUGUUCGAGACCCAGGAUGUCAGUCAGAUCAAACAGUACGUUUGCAGGCAGUUUACAAAGCUUCUCUCCGGACGCGCCAACCUGCAGGAUCUCAUUUUUGCCAAAGAGUUUCGUGGUCUUAAUGGCUACAAGCCAACAGCCUGCGUUCCAGCGUUGGCACUUACCCGCAAAUGGAUGCAGAAGGAUCCCAGAAAAGUACCCAGGCGUGGAGAGCGUGUACCGUUUAUUAUAGUCAAUGGCCCGCCCGGCAUGCAGCUUAUUCGCCUGGUCCGCAGUCCUCACGACAUCCUGGCCAACGAGGGCCACAAAAUCAAUGCCAUCUACUACAUAACAAAGGCCAUUAUCCCGCCCCUGAACCGCUGUCUGUUGUUGAUCGGCGCAGAUGUCCACGAUUGGUUUGCCAGCCUGCCCCGCAAGUUGCUGAUGACUCCGACAGUGGGAACGGCCAACGAGGUGGCCGGCGGAAAGGGCACAAAAUCCACCAUCUCCCAGUACUUCUCCACAACCAACUGUGUGGUUGAGUGCGGUCGUCAGACCAAGGCGGGAAUAUGCCCGGAAUGCCUGAAGGAUGCCUCCCGUUGUGUGGUUGUUCUAGCUGACAAAAUGGCUCGAUUGGAGAGAAGCUACCAGUUGACCCGUCAGAUCUGUCAGUCCUGCUGCGGCCGCCUCGGAGAACUGCAGUGCAAUUCCCUCGACUGUCCAGUAACGUAUGUCUCCGAGGGAAAACGGCGUGAUCUACAGCAGAUCGGACACUUUCGGAAACUGCUCCACGACCACUUUUAAAAGGAAAUUGAAACCGUCCCAUUAUUCACAUAGGGGUGUAUAUAUAUUUCAACUUUACGUUUUCUUACAAAAGUUAAAAUUACAUUUAUAGCUUCUGCCGGUGUGUCU